UCCUGACGUACCCUUACCGCUGGGCUAUCUAUCACUCUUUACUCUAUUUUUCUCUACUCUUUUUGUCCCUUUCCCCUCACCCGUACAGCGCCGUGGAGGUGCCCUCGCACGAGAGGCAGUAACAGCGCUGUACUUAUCUCUUCCUUUUCCCCUUCUAAAACCACUCACACGCGACCGGUCGCGCGUAUUCCGAUCUCGUUUGUUCGGCUACUGACACUGCCGCGAUGCCUCCCCAGCCCAGCGGUAAGGCCGUGAAGAAGGCCGGCAAGGCGCAGAAGAACGUGCGCGCCACCGACAAGAAGAAGAAGAAGCGCCGCAGGAAGGAGAGCUUCUCCAUCUAUAUCUACAAGGUGCUGAAGCAGGUGCACCCGGACACUGGAGUCUCCAGCAAGGCCAUGUCUAUCAUGAACAGCUUCGUGAACGACAUCUUCGAGCGUAUCGCCGCGGAGUCGUCCCGUCUGGCUCACUACAACAAGCGCUCGACCAUCACGAGCCGGGAGAUCCAGACGGCCGUGCGUCUGCUGUUGCCCGGUGAGCUGGCCAAACACGCCGUGUCCGAGGGCACCAAAGCCGUCACCAAGUACACCAGCUCCAAGUAGGCGACCGAGCGCUCGUCCGCGCAGCCAACACCCAACGGCUCUUCUCAGAGCCA